AGCCACCUCCGCCCCUUUAGAGGCUUGCCAAGAUGGCGGCCGGCGAGAGCGACGGCGAGGAGGAAGAUCUGGUGAGCUUCGGGACCCCGCUGGAGCCCCUGGAAGAGGGUGAACGAAUUAAGAAACCGGUGCCUCUACAAGAGCAAACUGUCAGAGAUGAAAAGGGACGAUACCAACGUUUUCAUGGAGCAUUUAGCGGUGGUUUCUCCGCUGGCUACUUUAACACUGUGGGUUCAAAAGAAGGAUGGGCACCAUCCACCUUUGUGUCAUCACGUCAAAAGAGGGCAGAAAAAACGGUCCUGGGGCCAGAAGAUUUUAUGGAUGAAGAGGAUCUUAGUGAAUAUGGGAUAGCACCAAAGGAAAUUACAAUUACAGAUGAAUUUGCUUCCAAAAGCAAAGAUAAAAUAAAGGCGAAAGCUAGACAAAUUGCAGGGGUGGCUGCCCCUAUUCCUGGAGCUACCUUGUUAGAUGAAUUUAUAGCAGCUGCAAAAAUAACUAUUGGUGUUGACUUGUUGCGAAAAAUGGGCUGGAAAGAAGGACAAGGAGUUGGACCUCGAGUAAAGAGAAAACCACGCAAGCAAAAAACUGAGCCUGAAGUGAAAAUAUAUGGGUGUGCUUUACCCCCAGGAUCUGAAGAUUCAGAGGAAGAAGAGGAUGAAUAUCAACCAGAAAAUGUGACAUUUGCACCCAAAGAUGUAAUGCCUGUAGACUUGACUCCUAAAGAGAACGUUCAUGGACUUGGUUACAAAGGUCUGGAUCCCACCAGAGCCUUAUUUGGAGUUUCAGAAGAACACUUAAACCUUUUUAGUCCCAGUUCUGAAAAUUCAACUCUGCUUGGCGACUUGCGGCACAGUAAAGGACGGAAAAUUGGUAUUUCAGGCCAGGCUUUUGGCGUUGGAGCUCUGGAAGAGGAAGAUUGUGAUAUUUAUGCUACUGAAUCACUUUCCAAAUAUGAUACUGUUCUGAAGGAUGAGGAGCCUGGAGAUGGUUUAUAUGGUUGGACAGCCCCUAAGCAGUAUAAAAGCAAACAAGGAACAGAGAGAGAACUGAAAUACAUUGGGAAACUUUUGGAUGGAUUUUCAUUGGCAUCUAAGUCAAUAACUCAGCAAAAAACUUAUCCGCCUCCUGACCUGCCAAGGGAUUACAAACCAGUCCAUUACUUUCGACCCGUGAUAAAAGCUACUAGUGAAAACUCUCAUUUAGUGCAAACAUUAGCAGAAUCCACUGGGAAGCUUGAGAGUGAUGGAGCACUCCAAAGCAGGCACCAAAAGACUGCUACUCAGAGGAGGGAAUUGCUGGGCGAGGCUAGUCUUCAAGGUCCAACAACUUCUGUUCUAGAGUAUUUGUCAGAUAAAGACAAAGAGAGAAUCCGAGAAGUGAAACAGGCUGUAGAACAGCACAUGAAAGCUCCAGUGGUGUUACAGCAGCCUUUACAGAACAGGUUCCGGGCACCUACGUUAAAUGAUACUCCACAGAAGUGGCAAUUGACCUUGGGGACCCAGUUAGACACAACUGGUUCUAGUGACUUCAAACCAUUUGCAAAGAAUCCAGAAAAACAAAAGAGAUACGAAAGUUAUGUAGAAAGCCUUAAACAUGGAACGAAAGUGGAUGUGCUAGGAAGCCACUUAGAUCCGAGUAUGACAGAAUGGGAACGCGCAAGAGAACAAGAGGAAUUCUCUCGCUCUGCAGUGCUCUUCAAACCCUCCAGCUCCGUCUUGUCUUCAAGGUUUAUUCCUGCAAAGCACGAAGAUGACACUGACAAAGUAGACGUCCCUCGAGAUCAAGAGGCUGAUGUUGAUGACAAAGAGGCUGCUGCAAAGAUGAAGAUGUUUGGCAAACUCACGAGAGAGAAGUUUGAAUGGCACCCUGACAAACUAUUGUGCAAAAGGUUCAAUAUUCCUGAUCCCUAUUCAGAGUCAUGUAUUGUUGGAUUGCCCAAAGUGAAACGUGACAAGUAUUCUGUGUUCAAUUUCUUGACGGUAUCGGAGUCUACAUCAAGGACACUGAGCCAACCCACAAAAGUAGGAGUGCAACAAAAUAAUACUCCAAACAAGCCAAAGAAGCCAUCAAGAUGGGAUGUGUCUGACAAAGAGAAGAAGAAAAAGGAUGCCAUUAGUGAGUUCAUAAGUUUGGCUAGAUCGAAAGUUGAUGAUCAAGAGCAGCCACCAACACCAGUUGAAGCAAAGGACAAAAAUAGAACUGAUGAAACUGUUUCCAAUAAGGCAGUAAGUGAAAGUACUGUCCAGAAUGAAGAAAUUGAAGAAGAAGAAAGCAGGCCAUCGAUGGAUCUAUUUAAAGCCAUCUUUGCCAGCUCUUCAGAUGAAAAAUCAUCCUCUGAAGAAGAGAGUGAUGGAGAAGAGGAAACAGCAAUAGUGGCGGAACCACAUUCAGAAAGUCUGAAGCAUCCUUCUCCUUCACCUGAUGUUCAAGAAAGUGAAGUUAUCAUACCUGAGCCUUCCGUUACAGUAACUCCAUCACUGAAGGAAGUAGUUGAUCAAGGAGAGGAAUUUGGACCACGACUGCCUCCAAUUGCUUCUUCUGCCAGUCCUUUGAAGCGUGAGGAAAUACAGCUUACAAGUUCUCCCGAAGCCACGAAGAAAGAGAAACCUAAAAAGAGCAAAGAAAAACAUAAGACCAAGCGAGAACACAAACACAAAAAGGAGAAGAAAAAGAAGCACAAGAAAUCCAAACACAAGGGCAAACACAAGAAUAAGAAAUCUGAGAAAAACAGUGGCUCAGACACUGCCGAUAGCAGUGACACCAACAGUGAGGAAGAGACUACAGAUAUACCACCACAGGAACUUUUGAGAAGGCUGAAGCAUCUUCCACUUGUAAAGCGGUAGCUUGGAUUCUUGGACAUCAUGCAUCUUUUGGUAUCAAAACAGAUCUCCUCUGUGAUGGCAGAUCAGCAGUAUAAAGCAUAUUCAAAUGUUCUGUAUAUACUAUAUUUAUGUUGGAUUUGAUAGCAUAAAAGCAUACAUGUUGAUUUUGUGGUUUCAGAGUUAAAAGCCAAAUGAAAUAUGGAAUGCUGGAAAAGAUUCUUCAACUUUAAAUAUUGAAAGGAAUCAUGAAAGUUCUGCAUUUUAAUGAAGAUAAGCAUGAGGAAAUUUUAAUAAAGUCAGUUUACAAAUC